AUGGCUCCCUCUAACCUCCCCCCCGUUUUCAAUGCCACCUCCCAGGACAUUGAGAUGCUCCUCGCAGCUCAAUGCCACUUGGGUUCCAAGAACUUGCAGGUGCACAUGGAGCCUUACCUCUGGAAGACUCGUCCUGAUGGCAUCAACGUGAUCAACAUUGGCAAGACCUGGGAGAAGAUUGUCCUCGCUGCCCGUAUCAUCGCAGCCAUCGACAACCCCGCCGAUGUUGCCGUCAUCUCUGCCCGUCCCUACGGCCAGCGUGCUGUCCUCAAGUUCGCUUCCCAUACCGGUGCCACUGCCAUUGCCGGUCGUUUCACCCCCGGUAACUUCACCAACUACAUCACCCGCUCUUUCAAGGAGCCCCGCUUGAUCAUUGUCACCGACCCCCGUACCGAUGCUCAGGCUAUCAAGGAAGCCAGCUACGUCAACAUCCCCGUCAUUGCUCUCUGCGAUACCGACUCCCCCACCGAGUUCGUCGAUGUUGCCAUCCCCACCAACAACAAGGGUCGUCACGCCAUUGGUUUGGUCUGGUGGUUGCUCGCCCGUGAGGUUCUCCGUCUCCGCGGUACCCUCGCUACCCGCGAGACCGAGUGGGACGUUGUUGUCGAUCUUUACUUCUACCGCGACCCUGAGGCCGAGGAGACCAAGGAGAUUGCUGAUGAGACCAAGGUCGCCGGUGCUGAGGAGGUUGGCCCUGCCGCCAUUGAGUCCGGCUACGUCGGUGACAGCUGGGACGCCGCUGCCCCUGGCGCCGCUGCCCCUGGAGCUGCUUUCGCUGCUGCCAGCGCUACUGCUGGUGCUACCUGGGAGGCUGAGGCUAGUGGUGACUGGGCUGCUGAGUCUGCUCAGCCCAACCCUGAGACCAAGUGGUAG